AUGGGUUAUUCAAAACUUAGAAAAAUGAUGAAUGAUAUUGCAACAAAUACUGGUAUUAAUCUUGACAAUAGACGUUUAAUUACAAAUCAUUCUUGUUGUCGUACUGCAAUUCAAAUGUUAAAAGAUAAUGGGCUCUCUGAUUCUGAUUUGCAAUCAUUUUCUGGUCAUCGGUCUCGUGAAAGUUUGGCAGAUUAUUGUAAAACUAGUGAUAAUCAACAAGUAUUAAAUACUGCGAUGUUGAUUCCCUUUACUUUACACGAAAAUAAUUUGGAUGAACAUAAUGAUGAGCAUAUAAAUUAUGAUGAAGAUUAUUCUGAAAAUUCAUCUAAUGAAGAUAUGGAGAAUGAAAAAUGUUUGUCUGAAUCACAAGAAACUGAAUUAUCCAUAAUUAAAAAAACUCAAGAUAUUCAAAAAACUCCAUUACGAGAAAUUCAGGUUUCACCAUUUCAAGAAACUCCAGUACAAGAAAUUCAGGUUUCCACAAUUCAAGAAACUCCAGAUCAAGUUUCUGCAAUUCAAAAAGUUAGAAGCUCAAGUCAGAUAUCAAAAAGUCAUAAACCCGUAAUAGCACCUUUUAAGCCACCUUGUCAUUCUGAUUUUUCAAUGAUUGCUUAUUACAGAAAAAAAAAACCAUUAUCUACUGUCAAUAAAGCUAAUAAAACUAAUAUUGUUAUCAAACUUCCUUCAGGUACCUCCUCACAAAGUUAUAGUCUAAAUAUCAAUUUAAAACUUGACUCAUAA